AUGGCACAAGCAGGAGCUGGCGGGUCGUAUAACAACCCGCUGAAGAAGUUCAAGCUCGUCUUCCUCGGGGAACAAAGUGUUGGGAAGACGUCGCUCAUCACACGGUUCAUGUACGACUCGUUCGAUAACAUGUACCAAGCCACCAUCGGCAUCGACUUCCUCUCCAAGGCAAGCCUCGAUCGGCCCAGGACUAUGUACCUCGAAGACAGGACGGUGCGAUUACAGCUCUGGGACACAGCCGGGCAGGAGCGAUUCAGGAGCUUGAUCCCGUCCUACAUCCGGGACUCGAGCGUGGCGGUGGUAGUCUACGACAUCUCAAACGCAAAAAGCUUCCAGAACACGCGGAAAUGGAUCGACGACGUGCGGGCGGAGCGGGGCAACGACGUGAUCAUCGUGCUGGUGGGCAACAAGACGGACCUGAACGACAAGCGCGAGGUGACGACGCAGCAGGGCGAGGACGAGGCCAAGCGCAACAACCUCAUGUUCGUCGAGACGAGCGCCAAGCUGGGCCACAACGUCAAGACGCUCUUCAAGAGGAUAGCCCAGGCCCUGCCCGGCAUGGAGGGCUCCGACGCCGCCGCCCAGGCGUCCAACCAGAUGAUCGACGUCAAGACCCCCGCCGGCCCGAUCCAGCAGGAGGGGUGUGCUUGUUAGCGGGGAGGGUGCGCACGAGUGAGGUGGUAGGGAUCGGGGGUAUGGAACGGGGGGGAAGGCAGGGGCGGAGAUACCCAUGGUCGCCGAGAUUGCGCCUAUGUGGCCAGCAAGGCGCAUCCGGCGGAGUGGGAGGCGGUGGGUGCGUCUGCAUCAGCGUUACAUGAAUCAAUCUAAUAAUAUGUACUUCAUGACCUUCACGUUGAGAGUCGUCUUCGCUUCCAGUAUUUGGGGGGUUGGAAAACAGCGACGG